UCAUAAUCAUUUAUUUAUCGGUACUCGAGCUACCAGCUCCUUGGCGUCAUUCCUCAACCACAUGCGACUGUGGUUUGGACCAUGGAGCAGCUAAGCACGAGCGCCCGAGAUCUGCGCGAGCAGAUUGCGAGAGCCGAGGUAGAGUUGAAAGCCCUGAAAGAGCAGCUUGUAAAGAUUGAGGGCGGUGGACAGGUGGUCGACGAGUCUAUAUCGGUUCCGACAGGUGCGAAGCGGAAAUGGCCCCUGAGGGCGGUUGAAUACGAACGUUAUGGGAGGCAGUUGAUCCUCCCAAGUGUCGGUGUCGAAGGUCAGCUGCGCCUCAAGUCAUCUCGCGUGCUCAUCGUCGGGGCCGGCGGCUUGGGCUGCCCGGCUGCUGCGUAUCUCGCGGGUGCCGGCGUCGGAACAUUCGGGGUCAUCGACGGGGACAUCGUCGAGCCCUCGAACCUCCACAGGCAGAUUGCUCACGCGACGUCGAGGGUCGGCAUGCCCAAGACUGAGAGUCUCAUUACCUAUCUUCGAGGGGUCAACCCCUUGCCGACUUACAACUCGUAUCCCGAACAUCUCACUACGGAGAAUGCGGAGGAGAUCGUGUCUCAGUACGACGUGGUCCUUGACUGCACGGACCAUCCCACCAGCCGGUAUCUGAUCUCAGACAUCUGCGUCCUCCUUCAGAAGCCGUUGGUGUCGGCAUCUGCUCUCCGGACGGACGGCCAGAUGAUCGUUCUGAACUGCCCUGCCGCACCACAAGGUGCACCAGGCAGCGCGGGGAAGCCGUGCUACCGAUGUGUCUUCCCAAAGCCGCCUCCACCAGAGAGCGUUGUCAGCUGUGGCGAGGGAGGGGUUCUCGGCCCCGUCGUAGGGGUAAUGGGCGUGUUGCAAGCCGGGGAGGCCCUGAAGAUCAUCGCCGGGGGCCAACAUCUCCCAGAGGGAUCACGACCAAGCAUGGAGCCGCAGCGUCCUUCCCUCCUCCUCUUCUCCUCCCCGGGCAACGGCUCGCCCUCCUUCCGCAACGUGCGCAUGCGCGGCCGGCGCGGCGACUGCCUAGCCUGCUCGGCCGCCUCCACGAUGACGCUCACGAGCUUCCGGUCCGGCUCGCUCGACUACGUCCAGUUCUGCGGCGGGGCUCCCGGGCUGCCGCUCAGCAUCCUGGCGCCCGAGGAGCGCAUCUCCGCCUCGGAGUACCACGGCCUGCUGAGCAGCAGCCGCAUCAACGAGGAACACCUCCUGCUCGAUGUCCGGGAGAGGGAGCACUUCGCCAUUAGCGCGAUCGAGGGUGCGGUCAACGUCCCGUACUCGAUCAUCCAGCAGGGCCGGGAGAGGAACGGGACCGGGGAGGCGGGCGAGGACGAGAUCCAGCCGGAUUGGAUCCCCCCUGCACUGCCACAUCAUGCGCCAAUCUACGUUGUGUGCCGGGUGGGAGACAACUCACAGCUUGUGACCCGCAAGUUGAAGGAGAUGGGGCUGGAUCGGAGUGGGGAGCGGUUCAUUGGAGAUAUCAGGGGUGGGAUGAGGGCUUGGAAAGAGGAGGUAGAUGAGACCCUUCCCUUCACCUAAAAGUUUGGACAAUCGAAUGGCGCCCGAGUAUGAAGGGGAAUCCUCGUAUAUAGUUGUUUUGUCAAGGGGAGUCUUGCCAUUUGCAUAUUUAGGCCGCAUCCUAUUGCUACAAUGAGAGAGAUUCUGAACGCCAAUGACAAGGUAGUGGUCUCAAAUAAGACAUUAACCAUCCCAACUCCCAAAGAAAA